AUGGAGAGCGCUGUGAAUGAAGGUGAUGAAGCUCCCUCGGAGAUUCCUCCUGGAGCCCCUGUCAUCCUCAAUAAGGACGGCAAACCUCGAAAGAAGCGUGGACGUCCACCCAAGAAUCCUGCAGCUGCUGCGGCUCCAGAGGCUUUGCAGUCAUUUCCUUCUGAAACCAGAAUGAGUGCUAGACGAGGUAGACCGCCCAAGAAUAAAGAUCAUCAGGACGAGCAACAGCAGCAAUCUGGAUCCAAGAAACCUCAGGCAGAUGGCGAUGCAUUCAAUGAACCGCCGAUUGGCAUGGGAACAAUGGAUUUUAUACGACAACAACAGGAACAAGCCCAGGCACUGGCGCAGAAUUAUGGGUCGAUUUUGGCAUCCCCAGUGGCACGCACGAUGAUCCAAGCCCAUGCUCUGGGUCAACCAAUGCCCGAAGGAAUUGGCUUGCCACUUCAGGGAAAAUUGGCAACCGCUCCAGGUGCCACUACUAGUGCUUUUAAACCCACUCACGCUGGGACACUCACGGCUAUGGGCACUCUCAAAAUUUCAGCCAAUAAUGCACACCACAAGAAUAGCGGAAAAACCGCUGUGACAACUCUGACAUCCACCAAUCAGCAUCCACAACAAGGGACUGUAGCGCCUCACUUAGAUGGAACGCUCCCCAUGUCGCCUCGAACCAUGUCAGUUUUACUAAAGGGCAGCACAGCCGUGGCGGAAGAUAUGGCACUGUCGAGUUUGCCGCUGGCGGCUGGUGGUGGUGUUUUGACGGGGACAACUAUCACUGGCCCAGUGGAUCCUGCCACUGUGCAAGACAGUAUCAAUAAUAAGGCCAAGAAAGGGACGGGCAUGGGUAGACCAUCAGCAAAGCAGCAGCAAGGGCAAUCAGAUGAAACGUCACAACAACAACAACCACAAAAGAACAACAAAUCAUAUAAACGAAAGGGCAGCGGGGCACGAAAAGGGGGCGGGGCUACUACGGACCCAACAGACACGCGCCCCAGGGUCACCAUUACUGAUGACGACCCACAACGACUUCUCAACCCACUGCUUGAUUUGCCGCCUCCCGUCCUACCAGCACAUCACCACAAUCGUCAUAGAAGCAGCAUUGUAAGCGUGGGAGGAGAAGGUUCGGCGGCUGAAACCCCACUGCGGAAUAUCAUGCAAGCAUCGGAACUGCAGGCGUGGCCAUCCAUUGUCUUCACCCGUCCUGACACCUACCCUAUCGCUCAAUACGCCCGGUGGCUCGGAUUCGAUGUGCCUCCGGCUGACGAAGUAAAAGACGUGCCCGAAAAGAAUUACUUGCCACCUGAUUCUACCGAGAUUCCGUUUGACAUUGCCAGAGAUGACUCUCUUUAUCACAUCCCAACAGCGGGACAAUUCGCAGAACAGGUUUGGAACGCGACGUAUAGUAAAUAUGAUGAUGAAAACGGUGACGCGGCUUUGGAAGGAUGCAUAGAUCCCUUGUACAAAACACUUCUGGCCGGGUCCGAUGAUUGGACCGUCGCGCAGGGCAAACCUACCAGCUCGAAGGGCCCCUUCAAAAAUCCUCUGUCGCAUCAAAGCACCAAGUUCAAGGCAAGUACGCCGUCACCAGAUCGGAUUCAGCAAGUGCUGCAGAAAGCACAAGAUUAUGGGAUACUGAAAGCUGAGAGAUGGUCGCUUGCGCACGUAAGCAGGAGCAAUGCGUCCGCUACAAUUGCUGCAGGUGCUUCAACGACGGAUCCAUCUUCUGGCAACCCGUUACCGAACGCCGUGCCCAGUGCUCAACCAACUGGAACUAGUGUUCUUGAGAACAUUCCAGGGCCGAAAGGACCCGCGUCCGCUGCGGCACAAUCAACGGCAACUGCUACAACCACAGAACCAUCAAUAGGAGACGCAGCAGCGGCAAUAGGGACACCUGCCACCUCAGAAGCUACAAAAUCCUCUGGAAUGUGGGGAUUUGCGGCAUGGCACAAGGGGCGGGAAAACGAUGAGCCAGACCUGUCAAUGGUCCUCCAUUAUCAAUUUCAGUGGUAUUACCUGACUUCCUCCAAAGACCAAAAGAUUGCCGAGCUUGUGAUGCGGAUACCGCAUGGUCCAAUGCCUACAACCUUGGGCAGUCUCAACGUUGCGAGCCCUCCGCCUGGGGAACAUGACUACUUCGCAGAUGAUGUCUCUUCGAGCGCGGGUUCCGACUGGGGCGUUCUGUCCGAGAGACGAAGAUUGAUCAUACUCUUGUACGCAUUGGUUCUAGAGCAUGCUCGUCAAUGUGACGUUUGCUACUGCCUGCUCCAAGUGCCACCAUCCUUGGUUCCGCUGCUGCAGCAGUUCUUUCGAAUGACACCAGUCCCGCUGAAGAAGAAGAAGAAGCUGCCAACAGGUCCUGACGGCCUCACGCCCACCGCCGCAGCUUCGACCUUUGUGCCGAUGUUGUGUGACUUGCACAAAUGCAGCACAAAGUAUGCUCUUUUACUUCAGAAGGAAAUUCUUCAGGACAAUACAACAUCCUCUCAAUCAACAGCGAAGUCUAUCCCUCCUACGAUCAAGCAUCGAAUUCUAGUGCGACUUCCAACCGCUAGUGAGCUCAACUCGGCAAUAUCGGAUUCGCAAGGUCUCCUUCCAUCCAACCUGCAAGGCCCCAACGGCCUCGCACCUGGCAUCUUACCCAAACCAAAACGACAACGCAAAGUGAUUUCCGAGAAUGGGUCGUCCAAGAACGGGGCAAUGUUUUGCAGCGCUCCGGGGGCAACGCGUCAAGCUUACUUGCAACUGCGGGCCAACGUGGAUGCGGAAAGAGCAGCAACGGUCCCAACUGACAAGUCGUGCGUGGACGGUCAAGAAAGCGGCAGGAAAGAUGACGUAGCCUUGGCACAGCUGGCCUCCUCCAAUGAGGUGGGAAAUGCGCAGACCCAAGGCGAAGAUGCGGGAGCUGCGAAGACUCCGGCUUCAGAGGUCGGGGGAACAGAUGGAGAGAAGGAUCAAGACAAUCUCGCAGCAAGCACCGAUGGGACGGAUGCGACCAGUAAACAAGGGGGAGAGACUGCUAAGACAGCAACAACAACGAGCUUGAUCCCAGAUAGCGCCACCAAGAAUUCUCCCGUGGAGCAAUCCGAGACUGCCAAGCAGGUUCCAGUAAAUGGCAUACGAGCAACCAUGCAACGCGAGGAAAGCGCUAACGCAAAUGUGCCUGAAAAAAUUGAAGGCAAGCCGAGCGCAAUCCCGACCAAUGACAGUGUGGCGCAACUCCAGCCCAAAGUUACUUCGACAGUCAACGCCCCAGCAACCCCUGAAACUGCUGCCAGCCCUGAAGCAUUCUCAAUUGAAUUGGAAGGUCGGAAUCGUGAAGGCAAGGUGACAAAGACUGCUGCUGGUGCAUUGCCGGCAUUCUCUCAGCCGCUUAGCUGGGAUAUUGUGAAAUCCUUUCCAAUCGUGGUAAAGAAUGCGCAGGGGAAGCCUGCUGAUGCUGUUGUCGUUUCUGAUCCAAAGGGAGAACAGCAAACUCCGCCAGAGUUAGAGUCGUCUCCGGCGAUUAGCUCGAGCGGAGUGGUGCGGGAGCUCAAGCGUCUGCAAGAGGAACUGACAAGGCACGAAAGAGAGUGCUUGGAGCCAAAAGUACGGUCCCUUCUAUGGAGAGUGGUGGAAGAGCGGCGCCAAUUUGAGAAAUCGGACUUUAGCAGGAGACAGGCCGAAGAACGGAAGGUCCUGGAAACCAGCGAAAAACUUUUGGCUCGAAGGAAAGAGUUGGAUGAAGCAUGGCAGGCUCAGUGUGACCAGGAUAUGGAUGCUGUCUGCGAGAUAUGCAACGAUGGCGAAGUCACGCCCAAUAAUCAGAUUUUGUUCUGUGAGGCUUGCAAUGUUGCAGUUCACCAGGGUUGUUAUGGUAUCGAACGAGUUCCUGAGGGAGACUACUACUGCUUAGCGUGUCAACAUUUCGGCCGCAGAAAAGUUGACAGGGACGUCGAGCGAAGGAGGCUCUACCGAGCUGCUGCUGUUGCGGAAGCCGCCGGAGAGACAGACAUUGCUACCAUUGUGCAGCAGGUGCCCCAGGAGAAGAUCUUUCCUGCAGCUUGCGAACUUUGUCCAAUUCGUAGCGGUGCAUUUGUUCCGACAGACAAUUACCAUCGCCGGAACAAGAUUAGGUUGAUGAAGCAGAACGGCGGCAGUACACAAGCUAAUUCUGGCAACAAUGCACCCGAGGAAGAUAAAUCAACAUGGGCCCACAUGGUGUGCGCUAAGUGGCAGGGUCUCAACUUUGUUGAAAACGCGAAGCCCGAUCUUCUGAUCGAAGACGUUACCGAGUUGAAGGCGCAAUAUCGGUCUUUGGGGUACACUUGUUGUUUAUGUUUGGGGGAGAGGGGAGCAUUCAUCGAGUGCCGCUUCGAAGGAUGCACGAACAGACUUCAUGUCAUGUGUGCCCGCUCCUCAGGGCUGUGCGACGUUGUACAUGGCGAGGAUGCAACGGAAACCCUCAAAGAGAAUGCGUGGUCGCUUCUUUGCCCCGCUCACUCCAAUCGUCCCUUCCUCAGCCCAGAUAAGAUGCCACCAAACGUUGUUCCUGUGCAGAAACUGGUUCUUAUGGCCAAGAGUUUCCCACCAGAACCCAAGCCGGAUCCUCGUCUGCUGUAUGCAAAUAAAUGGCCGGACAAUCCGUUCAAUAAGUUGACGGGUCAAGAGAGAAGGGAAGCACUUGCGAAUCCAAAGUACGAGGACCAUCUAAUGUUGGAACUCUCAAAGAAGCUUCUCGGUGUUCGUUGUGAGGUUUGCGAUCAGUGGGAAGAGGAUGGGAAAAGCUUGACGCGUUGCAGGGGUUGCGGUGUCGUCUUUUGUGAUUCAUGCCAUGUCGAGGGAGACGGCGUUUUAAUUGAAAAGAGGCAGCAGUUUAGGUGCGCUAAGUGUACCUGGCAGGCAGAGAAGAAGAAACUGAAAGAAGAAGUGGAGGAACCGCAGUGUGUUGUUUGCAACAUGAAGGGAGGCUGGCUCCGUCCUGCAGUCGCCAAUCCAAUCAGCCGAAGAGAUUACUGGAACAAGAACCACAAGAAGCGGGAAAAAACCCUUUUCCGGCGACCGAUUUGGGUUCACACUCUUUGUGCCAUGUGGUGUGCCCCUGCAAAAAUUCCCAUCGACGCGGACACUGGAACGGCAGAUUUGUCCCAGCUUGUCAUGAGCGACGGUCGUGGUUUCGUCAGAGCAAAAGACGCUUGUUUCCUUUGUGGUAAAGCGCGGGGCUUGAAAGAGCCAUGUGCUGAGGAGGAAUGCCACUAUGCAGAUGCUGGUAACCACAAAAUGCCCUUCUUUCACCCUACAUGUGCCCGACAAGCUGGUCUUGAAGUCAAGGACGACAGUUCAAGGGACGAGAUUUUCUAUGUCAAAUGCUAUAGACAUGGCGGGAACGAAUUCAAUCUACGAGCCCGCAUUGAGGAUCUCCUCGAGAUCGAAACAAAGCGUGCAGGGAAGAAUUUCGCGAACCAGGACGCAAUGAUGACAUUCUCUGAUGCAUCUCGUAUAUUCAACGCUUCGAUCUUGGUCAUGCGGGUGCUUGGCUGGGCAUGGCGUUGGGCCGAAUGGUGGGUCGAGUAUGGUUCCAACUGGGAACCUCUCCUGGAGCCAGGUCAAGAUGAGACAAAGAUGACCAAGAAGGAAAAGAAGAUUGUCGACAGCACACAAGGGAGUCGGCGCGACGACGCGAGGCUCUGUCGACUUGCUGCUUUUGGAGCUGCGUUGAGAAAUAGGGCAUACGACGUGGAAGACAAUGGCGACCCUGAUUUCAUGGGAGGAUUCGACCACAGGUCUCUCGAACAAGCCUUGCGCGCUGUUCUGAAUACGCCCAGUCUUGUGGGGCCACUGGAAGACUACGAAAUUGACUUUCUCGUGGACUCGCUUGGUAGAGCCUACCGGUCAAAGUCGAGGCUUCUAGGCUACGGCGAUCUCAAGGUUGAUCUCGGCAAAGCAGGUACUUUCUGUUUUCACAAAAAGGACGAGUCACCGAAAGGUGUAUUAGGCGAUCAUCCACUGCCAGGCAAGCAACUGCUGCGCGAUGGGCAAGUCUUCGAGGACAAGGUUGACGAGGUCGAUGAUUUUGAAUUCUACAUCGAUGUGGUAAAGCAAAACGAGGCUGAGUACAAAGCCAAGCCGAAAGAGCCGGUCAAAGCCAAAGGCCCCCUCAAAAAGAAGGCUGCUGAAGCUGUCAAGAAGCGAGGUCCGGGGCGGCCUCCGAAAGCCAAGCCAGAAGUUGAACCGGCGUCUCCUGUGAAGCGAGGACCGGGGAGACCUCCUUCAAAGAACCGACAGAACGGAGAACCAUCAACACCGAAGCGCGGUCCUGGGAGACCGCCAAAGAACCGGGAGACGCCGUCAGCGCCAGAGUCGCCAAGUAAGCCAUCAACUGGCCGAAAAAGAGGCCGACCUCCCAAGAAUCGCGCACCUGAACCGGAAGCCGCAUCGAUCGAAGGGGUUGAACAAGACGCGGACUCUCGAGGAGUUGCAAGCCCAGCACCAGCUUUGGCAAAUCGUACCAGCCUGGAGCCGCUACGGAACCGUAUAGAACGAAAGCGCUCCAAGAAACGUCGUCGGGUGUCUGGAGGAGAAGAGAGUCUUGAGACAGAGAACGACGAAAAACCUGCUAUGGAGGAAACCCCCGAUGACGCUGCCAAAGAAACAAAUGCGACAAAUGGCGAUACCGCGGCAGAAAGCGAAUCCGGUACAGUUGGUGAAGCAAAGAUAAAGGAGGAACCUGUAGCUGUUGUUGCUCCUGUGAAGAGAGGCCCGGGUCGUCCGCCGAAGAAGAAAGGGCCCAAACCUCCAGCGGAACCGAGCACAGAGCCUCGUCCGCGAAAACGGAGACGUGUUCUUGGUGGUGGCACAUCGAUGUCAGAGAGACCAGGUCCACCCGUGCGAGUGGCAACUGCUGAACCCACUGUCUUGUACGACACAAUAAAGCAACGAUCGAGGAGAAAGAACCAAAUUAUGAGUCUUGAACAGACCUCUGGAAAGUCCUAUGAUACAGCCGAAGAAGCGUCAGAAAUUAAUGAUGACGCUGCCGACUCAAGUAGUGACGAGGACGGUGACCUUCCAAUCGCGGCCAUGGCCAAAGCAAGAAAAGACUCGAGACCGAGACAAGAAACUGUCGUGGGGAUUAAGAAUGAGAAUGAAAAUGGAACCACGGUUGUGAAAACCGAGGAAGAUAACACCAAGGCCCAAGCACCAGACGCCACACCAACUGCCGGUGUCGAUGAUGAUACUCCUGUGCCUGCUGUCGAUACCAAUGUAACAUCUGCGAGCAAUGUUCCCGCCUCUGAAAAACCCCCAACAUCUGCCGAUGCUGGCCCUACGCAGGAAUCGGCCACUGCUGGUGCCGACGUCCCAGCACCCGACGCUAGCACUGCCACUGUUUCUGGCUCUCUUGAGGCUUCCAAAACCGACGCAUCCGGGACCAAGGAUCCCCCGUCGCUUGAGGCUUCCACUCCCACUAUCGACGCCAACGGAACCAAGGAUCCCCCCUCGCUUGAAGCUCCCAAUACCGACGCAAACGGAACCAAGGAUCCACCUUCGCUUGAAGAUGCAACUACCGAGGCUGAGGUCGCUGCACAUGACGCCAAAGGAACCCCAUCUUCUGCGCCUGACCCGCCGGCUACCGGCACCAUCAAUGCUUCAGCCUCUGCAUGCACACCCGCAAUCACUGCUCCAGGUGACACCGGGGUCAUCCUCGCGAACGCAGAGCCCAGUGCAACUUCUGGCAGCGCUGACGAGACCUAUAUUGAACAGACGAGCCCGCAAGCGAAGAACAUGGAGCCGUCAGGUCAACAAAUGAACGUGAAAGAAGAAUCUGAUGGACUAGCAAACAACAACGAUUCCGACCAGGCGAGCGCGAAAGCGAAGAAGAUGGAGCCGAGUGGUCAAGAAUUGAAUUCGAAAGAUGCGUCUGAUGGACUCGCAAGCGUUGCCGCUGCCGCCGAGCAAGAAAAUGAGAUGUCUACGCAGUCAGAGAGUCGCCCUGCAGAGCCACGGGCAGAGAGGCCAAAGGACGGCGAGGGAAGGGCGUCAAGAGACCCCCCGGUCGCUGAAGAAGACAACACAAAUGGCCAACCUGGUUUCACUCAACGAAGUGAACAUGAAACCGUGGCUGUGAAAACCGAUGCGGAAGAAGCUGAGGAAAAACAACAACAACCACAAUCCCCCGUUGUAAAGAUGGAACCUGAUUCCGCCAGGAUGGAUACUAGCUCAGACUCUAAGGCAGAGGAAGAACCCGAGGAGCCCAUCGAAGAGAGUAUGGGUAGUUUUGACGACUUUUGCCAACAUACCAGAAACUCUACCAGGAAAAGAGCACGAUUGUAUGGAAAGUUCAUUGUGGCAAAACACUGGCCAGAUAAGACCAAAUAG